GGGCCCACCUCCAGCCCCCGCUCCGACUCAAACGACACUCUAGCGUCGCGACUCGCAAGCCCGCAGCAGAGAAGCGACCGAUGGUUGCUGCCCGCGCGGGCGAGGCGAUCGAACUAGCGGCGGUUCUAGCAACAACCCGAGAUCAAUCCGGCUUCCCAGCGCCCGAGCAUAAUGGGUGCUGGAAGGAAGACCGAGACUUUCAAUCCUGCGACACCAACACAAAACCAAACCAAUGCAUGGUAUGGGAACUAUUCUGCUGCUGCGCGUAAUCUCCAGGAAGAUCAGCUAGGAGGAGUGAUUUUUGGCUGCAAACACAACACGAUCAAUGAAUGCCUCUCUAAACAGCUGUUUGGUUUGCCGUCAGGCCAUAUAUCAUAUGUGAAGAAUGUUAAACCUGGCAUGCCUCUAUUUCUGUUCAAUUAUAGUGACCGAAAAAUGCAUGGAAUUUUCGAGGCUGCAUGUGCUGGCCAGCUUAACAUGGACCAAUUUGCUUGGAGUGAUGGUGGUAGAAUAAAGACACAAUUUCCUGCUCAGGUCCGCAUCUCUAUAAAGACUCGGUGCCUUCCAGUUCCAGAGUCUCAAUUCAAAAGUGUGAUCAGUAACAAUUAUCAUAAACCUCGGCACUUCUACUUUGAGCUAGACCAUGCACAAACAAGAGCUUUAAUAUCUUUGUUUAAGCCUGCCCCUGUUCAUGAUGGUCCAAGCAAAUGGAGUCCUUCCAGACCUCUGCGAUCUCCAACCAAAGCAUAUAUUGUUCAUGGUCAAGCAAAGGCUCAGUCCAAUACAAAGGAUCUCGAUCAGUUUGGUGUUUCUUCUGAUUCACAUUGUAUGGCUCCUUAUAAGUUGGUUGGUCCAGAUGGUGAAUAUGCUAGUACGAGUAGAACAUCAAAGAGCAACCUUUACGAGCAUGACAAUUUGGAUGAUGCUGUGACCAAGGAAAGAACGGAUUCUGUCAAUGGUGACCAUCAACAUGUCAAUCCAGUGCAUGAAGAACAGCAUGACACAGAGGCUGUUAGGCAGAAAUUACAAGAGCUCUUUGUUUUACGACAGGAGACCCUAUCCUCGAAGGAUGCUGUUUAUUCUGCUUCAGAUAAACCCAUACGUCAAGAAGCACAAUUCGAUGCCACUCUCCCUACAUACCAAUCUGAUUCCACCUCAAAGGGUUAUGCGCCUAUUGAGGACCAUACAUCAUUAGGGCAAUGCCACGGAAAUGUUGAGCUGCUUCUCAUCAUCGAUGAGUUAUCCAAGAGGACCGAAGCAAUGGAGAAAAAGCUGGUUGAAUCAGAUCAAGAAAUACUGUUUCUGAGGGAAUCAGUAAAGGACACAGGCAGAAGAGUUCAACAACUGGAAUACCAGAUUGAGAAACUACAAUCAAAGUAUAAUUCUUCAGUGCCACUCCUUGGUAGACCACAUGAUAAGGUGGAAGGGCCAUCAAUAUUCCUAAUAGGUGGCUACAGGGGCAGUACUUGCUUGUCAUCGCUCGAUUACUUUUGCCCUACAACAGACAGAUUAGUGCCCCUAUGUCCAAUGAGCUCACCUCGUGCAUAUGCAGCUGUUGCUGCAUUGAAGGAUCGUAUCUAUAUUUUUGGUGGUGGGGAUGGCAGUUCAUGGUAUCACACAGUGGAAUGCUAUAGCAGGGGGGGAAAUGAGUGGAUAACAUGCCCCCGCUUGAAACAUGAGAAAGGAAGCCUUGCUGGAGCUACGUUGAAUGAUAAAAUAUUUGCUAUUGGUGGGGGAGAUGGGUCUACAUUUUUUUCAGAAGUUGAGAUGUUUGAUCCAGCACUUGGGAGAUGGAUAGACAGCUUGUCUAUGCGGCAAAAUCGAUUUACUCCUGCCGCCGCCGAAUUAAAUGGCGCUCUCUAUGUAAUUGGUGGUUAUGAUGGCAACAUGUACUUACAAUCAGCAGAAAGGUAUGAUCCAAGGGAAGGUUUCUGGACACUGCUUCCAAGUAUGAGGGCAAGAAGAGGAUCCCACUCGGUAGCUGUCUUGGGCGAAUCCAUAUAUGCUAUGGGAGGGCACGAUGGAAACAGUCUGGCUUCCACUGUAGAAAUCUUUGACCCGCGUGCCAGUUCAUGGAGGAUAGGCAGCCCAUUCAGCGUCGCAAGAGGAUAUGGAUGCGCGGUUGCAAUGAACGAUAAUUUGUACCUCAUUGGUGGGGUCAACGAUGCUGGAGAAACUAUCGAAACUGUUGAAGUUUACAAUGAGAGGCAAGGCUGGAAGAUCACUGGUUGCGAGGCGAUAGGGAGGAGGGCCUUCGCCUGUGCCAUUGUCGUUUGACAGGGGUGCAGAUCUCUUAUCCAACCAAUUUUCUCCGGAAUUAUGGAUCUGUCCUUACAUUUCUUGCCGGUUCUGUACAGUGUGACACUUCGGUCAGAGUAUACUUUCUUCACAAAACAGUCACCGGGUCGAGAGAUUUUUUGCCGCCCCUGCUGACAUACUGACGCAGCCAUCCAUUUUUGUGCAUGUCCCAGAACCCAUUGGUUUGACAGUCACAGUUUAACACCACCAGUAGCUGAGGCCACCCGUUGCAACUUCUGCUAUAUGUUCAGGCAGUGUGUUGCUGUUUCUGUCAGUUUUGAGAAACUAAACAUGUGAUGACGAUGGUGCCGGAAAAAGUUGAUCUGUUCAGGGUUCAUUAGCGAAUUCGGAAGCUCUAAUGUGCACGCUGAGCUAUUUUGCAGCAUAUGAUUGAGUGACCUUGAACUUUGAGGCAUCUUUUCUUCCUUCUUAAUUGU